AUGAGUGAUAAUUCGGUAAAAGAAAAAGUUGUAUCGCCUGAACAAGCCGCAGAGGCGGAAAAAUUCAAAGAAUCGGCGAAUGUAUAUUUCAAAAUACAGAGUUACGAUGAGGCCAUCGAGAAUUACACCAAAGCGAUAGAAUUAAACCCAUACAUGGCAUCGUACUAUGGAAAUCGAAGUUUUGCAUAUCUUAAAACGGAGUGUUUUGGUUAUGCGUUAAACGAUGCCUCCAAAGCGAUUGAAUUGGACAAAAACUAUGUUAAGGGUUACUGGCGACGUGCUGCAGCUUACAUGUCAUUAAGUAAAUUUAAAUUAGCUCUAAAAGAUUUUGAAACAGUCACAAAGGCUCGACCUCACGACCAAGAUGCUAAACUUAAGUACACUGAGUGUUUUAAAAUUGUCAAAAAGUUGGCAUUCGAAAAAGCCAUUUCAAUUGAUGAUAAUAAAAAAAACAUUGCUGAUUCUAUAAACUUAGAUUCAAUGGCAAUUGACGAUGAUUAUAAUGGACCAAAAUUAGAGAAUGGUAAAGUUACGUUAGACUUUAUGAAAGAUUUACUCAAAUGGUAUAAGGAGGAGUGUAAAUUACACAGGAAGUAUGCCUACCAAAUCCUUUUGGACGUUAAAAACUGGUUCAUGGCGCAAUCUAGUUUGAUAGACGUUACAAUACCUGAUGAAAAUAAAUUUACUAUUUGUGGUGAUAUUCAUGGUCAAUUUUAUGAUCUGUUGAAUAUUUUUGAACUUAAUGGUCUGCCAUCGGAAACUAAUCCAUACUUAUUCAAUGGAGAUUUUGUAGAUCGAGGUUCAUUCUCAGUGGAAUGUAUAUUCACGUUGUUUGGAUUCAAGUUAUUAUAUCCAAACCAUUUCUUUAUGUCUAGAGGAAACCAUGAGUCUGCAAUCAUGAAUCAUAUGUACGGAUUUGACGGUGAAGUGAAGGCUAAGUACACUAACCAAAUGGCUGCGUUGUUUACCGAAGUCUACAAUUGGUUGCCAUUAGCCCACUGUCUAAAUAAACGAGUUCUUGUAAUGCACGGCGGAUUGUUCUCAAGAGACGAUGUCACUCUCCAGGAAAUCCGAGAAACUGACAGAAAUCGACAACCUCCGGAUGAAGGAGUUAUGUGUGAAUUGCUAUGGUCUGAUCCUCAACCACAGAUGGGUCGAGCACCAAGCAAACGUGGUGUUGGAGUACAAUUCGGACCUGAUGUGACGCAUGAGUUCUGUAAACUGAAUGGUCUUGAUUACAUAGUCAGAAGCCAUGAAGUUAAAAAUGAUGGCUACGAAGUUAGUCAUGACGGAAAGUGUAUAACUGUCUUCUCAGCUCCCAACUAUUGCGAUACAAUGGGUAACCGUGGUGCCUUCAUUACACUUUACGGCAAAGACAUGAAACCGCAAUUUACAUCUUACGAAGCAGUGGUAAGAAAAAAUAUUAAUUAUUUUUGA